AUGCUGCGCGUCACCGAGAAGCACGACUGCGUCUGCUCCUUCGACCCGAAGCCCAAGGACCUGCUGAAAGAGGGUGACUGGAACGGUGCUGGCUGCCACACGAACUUCUCCGUGACCCCCAUGCGGAGCCCGGGUGGCUACGACACCAUCAUCAAGGUCUGCGAGGCUUUCGGCAAGGUCGCCAAGGAGCACAUUGCCGAGUACGGUGAGGGCAACGACAAGCGCCUCACUGGAAAGCACGAGACCUGCGACAUCAACACCUUCAAGUACGGGGUCGCCAACCGCGGUGCUUCCAUCCGCAUUCCCCGCGAUGCCGAGAAGGCUGGCCGUGGAUACAUGGAGGACCGCCGCCCUGCGGCCAACUGCGACCCUUACCGGGUCACCAACAUCAUCAUGAAGACCACCGGGGAGUGCCUGAACGCUGAGAUCGUGGAGGCCGGCGCGAAGACGCACACAGCCUUCGUGUUCAUCAAGCCCCAUGCUGUGACCGACAAGGUGCAGACUCUCGUGAAGGACAAGCUCACGGAAGGCGGCCUGACCAUCAAGAGCGAGGGGGCCAUCAAGGCCGAAGUCAUCGACAAGAAGAAGCUCAUCGACAUCCACUACGGCGCCAUCGCCGCCAAGGCUGUCAUGAAGAAGCCGUCGGAGCUCACGGUUCAGGACAAGGCUCAGGCGGAGUUCGAGAAGCAGUUCGGCGUGGCAUGGAGCAAGGUGAUGGAAGAUGGCCUGGUCUUCAACGCCAUGGACGGAGCCAAGAAGCUGGGAAUCAGCCCCGAUGAGCUGGGCAAGAAGUACGAUGCGCUCAAGAAGGGCGAGACCAUCAUCAAGUUCGGCGGCGGCUUCUACUGCGGCAAGGUUGACAGCAUCUAUGUCAUCAACGGCUUCUACAUGAACAUGCGCUCCAAGUUCACCGCGCCCGGAACAAGCAUCUACUACUACGAGGUGGAGUGGCCGGCGGACAAGAUGAAGUGGGAGGACUUCCGAGGCAAGUUCCUCGGCCCUACGGACCCGGCUGCGGCCCCUGCCGGCUCCCUGCGUGGCCUCAUCUACAAGGACUGGAGCGACCUCGGGCUGAAGGCGCAGCCGGACACGGGAGACAACGGCGUCCAUGCCUCCGCCUCGCCUUUCGAGGCGCUGGCAGAGCGCUGCAACUGGCUCCGGGCGUCCAUGACGAAGGAUCCCUUCGGCAAGGCCCUGCUGGCAAGCGGCCUCAACGUUCCGACGGCAAAGAAGUGGUUUGAAGAUCCCGCUCUCGAGUUCGAGGGCGGCAAGAAGUCCGUCUUUGACAUGCUGGAGGAUCUGGAUGCCGGCGACUGUCUGAAGAAGUGCAAGGCCAUUGCUGCGGCCAACUAG